UGUGUGUCUGGUACAGGGACUUGCGCAGUUGCGUGGACCAACCACCGGUUAAAUCCCGCCUGAUAAACUUAUUUUCCGCCUGUGCAAAAAUAGUUUAUGCUAUUUAUGCGAAUCCUAUCGCUCAAAUGAGUUGAGAAAGUGUGAUAAAAAUUGUCGUCUGACCUACAUUUUUGAAAAGUGUAAAUAUUAUUAUUGCUACAUUCAUAAUUUUCAUUCCAAGUGUUUGUAAUUGCAUAAAUAGAUGGCGUACUUAAUAAUUAAAUUUUAAUGUAUAAUUUAAAAGAAUACUUUGUUAGAUACUUUUUAUAAAAAGUAAAAUGGUGAAAUCGCGUAUAUGUAUACCUAUAUAUGCGUAUAUAAUUCGAUCGAAGCGCUCUAUACCUAUAUAUUGUUGUAUAUAGCAGACGGCAUUACCUGCAGACUUAGGUUAAAGUGUUAAAAUGUGUUUUGAUCUAUUUAUUAUAUCAAAAUAAUAGUUUAUCCAUUGAUGAGUAGUUUGCAAAAAUUAUGGUUGCAUGAAUGUUUCACCACAUUGCUGUGCAGACUUGUUGACUUCUCAAUGAAAUAAAAUCAUGUUCAAAAACAUCGAAUAUGUUCAAAAAAGUUAUUGUGGGCAUUUCUGGCGGCGUUGACAGUGCAGUAGCUGCAUUACUGCUAAAAUCAAAAGGAUUUAAAGUUACUGGAAUAUUUAUGAGAAACUGGGAUAUAGUUAACGAACUUGGAGAAUGUCAAGCAGAAAAAGACUACGAAGAUGCAAAAUGGAUUUGUAAUAGAUUGAAAAUACCGCUCCAUGAUGUCAAUUUUGUAAAAGACUAUUGGAAUGAAGUUUUCAGUUAUCUGCUGGAAAAUUACGAAGUAGGAAAAACUCCCAAUCCUGAUAUUCAAUGCAAUAAGAAAAUCAAAUUCAACAAAUUUUUUCAUUAUGCUCGAACUGAACUUGGAGCCGAUGCCAUUGCUACAGGACACUAUGCUCGCAAUAGUUUUGGUUCGUUUCUUGAAGAUUAUAAACCAGAUACAAAUGCAUCUUUAUUAAGAGCUAAAGAUUCUCUCAAAGAUCAGACAUUUUUCUUAUCACAAAUACCACAGUUAUCAUUAAGGAGGACAAUGUUUCCACUAGGCGAAUACUUGAAGAAAGAUGUAAAAAAGAUGGCUAAAGAGGCAAACUUAGAAAUUCUUGCAAAUAAAAAGGAGAGCAUGGGAAUUUGCUUUAUUGGCAGCAGGCAGUUUCAAGAUUUUAUUGUUGAGUACGUUGAAGAGAAACCAGGAUACUUUAUAGAUUUUAAAACUGGAAAUAUCGUAGGUAAACACACAGGUAUUCAUCAAUGGACUUUAGGACAAGGUUGUAAAAUUGGAGGACUACCUUCACCAUAUUUUGUUUUUCGAAAAGACACUGACAACAAUAACAUUUAUGUGGUUGCUGGAAGCUCACAUCCUGCAUUGUUCUCAGAGUUUUUAGUUGCAUCCAAUGUACAUUGGAUAAACGAAGAACCUUUAGAACUAAAAAAUAGAAAGGUUUACGACUGUGAUUUUCGAUUUCAACAUCGUAACAUUUUAGUGCCUUGUUCAGUUUUCAAAACUACCAGUAAUAAAUUGCUUAUUCGACUGUACAAACCUAAGAGGGCUAUUACUCCUGGUCAGUACGCUGUUUUAUACGCUGGAGAACAGUGCUUGGGUAGUGCAGAAAUCACAAGCUCUGGGCCUCCCUUUGAAUUUCUGAAUAGAGAUGUUAAUGAUAUUGAUGUAACGGAUCCAACACAAGUUCAGGCUUUGCAAAGCUGACAAUAAUAGAAAUAACAACAGAUUCUGUUAUUUAGUCUGUAAAUAAUUUUAUCAUUUCUUUUUAUAAUAAUCCAGAAAUAAAUAAGAUUUUCAACAUCAACAAAGCAACAAACUUGUAAAAAGGCAAUAAACUUAUUUAUUCUUUAA